GAUAAGUUUGGUCUUGAAUUCAAAGAGAUCCACCUGCCUCUGCCUCCCUCGUGCUGGCAUUGAAGAUGUGCCCACCACGCCUUGCUGGUUUUAAUUAUUGAAACACUCUUGUUAUGUAGCUCAGGCUGGCAUAGGGCUUGAGAUUCUUCUGCCUCCAUCUCUUAAGUGUUAGAAUUAAUAAGCAGGCACUAGGAGAGUCCACUUAUUUUCCUUUGUAUUAUAAUAACAAUAGCUUUUUCUUCAAAUUUUCUAAACAUGAAUAUAUAUGAUUUAAAUCUCCAUAACCCAUAUGUUAAUGUACAGGAGGUCCCACUAGCCUGCCUUUCAGGGUCCUAACAACCUCUGACAUCAUCACCUGCUGCCAAGUCCAGGUGCGCCGCCAGGUGUAUGCCUGAUAAAAAGACCCCACUAACCUCCCCAGCUCUUUCUCUCUUACUCUCUGUCUCUUUCCAUUUGAGUCUCUGUCUCUAUUUCUCUCUCUGCCAUGGGCACCCUUCUCUCUCCUUUGCCCUUUCUCCCCCUCCCCUUUCCCACAACAAAUCUCCUUGUAUCAAAUAUGCUGCAUGGCCUUAAUCAUCAUUAUAACACCGUGUCCUACAAUAACCUGCUCUCAGAUGUCAUUAAAGUCACCCUGUACUGAGGCAACACCACUAUCUCCAUCUGUGUCCUCUGCCCCCUUUCCUCCCGCGUGGACCCGCGUGUAACCUCUACAGGUGCACAUUUCCUAACAGGGCAGUUUUCAGUAGUUCCAGGAAGCUCAUUUCUACCCAUUCACUGGGAACUUCCUUCCAUAGCCUCAAGAUGAUUUUUCCUCCUUUGGCAGAUGAUUUCUGUCACCCAGAUAGUUUCUGGGUAGUUGUGAACACACAUUUCACGGAAGAGGAAACAGGAAUGACCUAGACACACGGAGCAGAUGAUUUGUUUGCUUGAGGGAAGUGCAAAUCAUAAAACACAAACAUUUCAUCUCAGUAAAUAGGUGACAGAAAACCCUCUAAACUUAUCAAAGAUGAGGAGCCAAGGGCUGACUAAAAUAGUCUACAGUUUACAAAGUAAUGAACAAAACCUGGAAUCAUGAAAAGCUGACCGUAUCCAUAUCUUACACGGUGGUCUCUCUACUGAUGCUGUCCCUACAUAUGUGCCCUGGAAGACACGCACAAGAACGUGCAGCGAUGCGCUGUUGGGAAUAGCAAAGGGAAAGAACUCAUGCAUCCACAGCACGAGAGCAUAAAAAUGAUACAAACAGCUAAUGAAUUCCAAAGGCAGUAUGAAGGAACUACAGCCACACGCAGAGGUGGACACUUUAAAAUUUUGGCUUCGGGAAGGGUGCUUGCAGAGUACCUACCAAAUGUUAUCUAUAGAGAUAGAAAUACGCAAUGAUUAUACAUAGGGGCGUAUCGAAGCUGCAAAGCAUAAAAAUGCUUUAAAAAAUUUAAAGGACAGUUACGAUUGGGAAGAGGGCACUAUUCAUGUUAGAGCCUGAGAACUAUAACUUUUUAUGUUCUAAUUCAGUAAGUCCUGGUUGUCCUGGAACUCGCUCUGUAGACCAGGCUGGCCUGGAACUCAAGAGAUGACUGCCCUUUGCUGGCCUGCACCACCACCUGGUGUAAGCAUAUUUUGUGAUAAAAUACAUAACAUAAAAUUGGGACAUUGCAUUUCUUCAUUCUAAUUAUUUUUAAGCGUGUGGUUUGGUGGAGUUAAACACAUCCACCUUUUUGCAUAACCAUCUAUAUGUCUCCAUAUCUAGCCCUCCUUAUUGCCACUGUGCUUUAGGUUAAUCAAGAAAUUACUGUAGGGCUGGAGAGAUGGGCCUUUGGAGCCUCUUGCUGAAGACCUGGGAUUCGAGUCCCAAUUCCAACCAUCUGGAAGUCCAGUUUCAGGGUAUCCGAUGCCCUCUUCUGACCUCCACAGGGCCCGGGCACACACCUGCCGUGCAAAUAGAUGCAAAACAUUCAAACACAUAAAAUAAACCUUACAAAAAAAAUCACUGCCAAGUCCAACGUUUUGACUCAGUUUUCUUGAGUUUCGCCGUUUUAGCUCUUAGAUCUUUGAUGCAUUUAAUUUUUCGUUCUUUUGCACCACAAGAAAUUUUUAAAGAGAAUCGUGAGUAUGGAUCCAGAAGGCACCCUCCCGGUUUACAAAGGAUGAUCCUGGAAGGGAGGACAAAUACCGCGUCAAGUCCAACAGUGAGCUGCUACAGGAAACUAAAAGCCGCAUUUCUCAAUGCAAGGAACUUGACGGCUGUCCAUCAACCAGCAAAAAAAAAAAAAAAAAAAAAAAAAAGCCGCCCGGAAGCGCAGGAGUUCAGAUCCGCCGGCGGCUACUUCGGGUCCACCCACACCCACACCAGCUCCGGGUCAUUUCUCCGCCCAGGAGGCCGGGGAGUUCUAAAUUUCGAAAACACCGGUGCGGAUUUCGGGCGGGAGGGCAGCCCCGGAGCAGAUGAACCGACGGCUUGGGACUCCGCUCCGCUGCAGGCUGGUUAUCCAGGCUCGUUUCUCGGUUAUGCUCUCGUCCAGGAAGCGCUCUGGCUGGGCCCGCCCCGGAAGAGGCGGGGCACAGAGUGCUAGGUUCUGAUUGGUUGGUCUGGGCAAGGCCGGCUCGGCGCGAGUUUUGGCUUUGGGAACGGUAGGAUGGUGGCUCGGAAAAGCUUGAGACACUCUGAGGGUCCGGGGUCCCCGGAGAGCCCGGGCAGUGCAGUACGUACAAAGAGCGCUUUGAAAAGAGCACAUUCCAGCAAACACAAAGCUGAUCAAAAGCACAAACCCAACGAUGUGUUUGCCUUCCCUAACAAUUCUGAUGUCUCGAGCAUCCUGGGAGAAAUGGAGGAAGAAGAGGAACCUUAUGAAUUCUUUGACCCUCCUCUGCACAGCACUGCUAUAGAGGUUGAAGAGGAACUGUCCAAGCACCGUGGGGCCUCCGCCUCUCCGGCCACUCUUGGAGGAAGAGAGAGCAGAAAUGUGAACCCUUCUGAAAGCGAAGCAAGUGGAACAGAUUCUAUCAAGAACAGUACAAAGAAGCCCAGGCAAAAGCCGAAGCCCGUCAGCAGCGAGCCUGACAGCUCUGAGGAUGACCUGAAGAGGAGAGUGAAGUCUGCAGACAGAACAGCUGAGGGGCAGCACCGGGCUGUGCCUCCUGCAGUGUCUUCAGCACCCCCGGAGAAGCCAGAGGAACGCGCCACGCCCAGGAGGACAAGGCCCCACAGCACUCAGCCCUCUGCUGCAGAAGAAGCCCAAGCAGCACACAGACAGCUGAAAACUCAGAAGAAAGUGAGGCUGUCUCCUGGCCGAAGGAAGAAAUCAAGACGUGAAGGCACAGACUCGGGUGCUUCUGAAACUAUGCAUAUUUGGUGUCUAGAAGGAAAGAGAUGCAGCGACAUCAUGGAGUUGGAUGUCAUUUUGUCUGUAUUUGAGAAAACCUUCCUGGAGUAUAAACAAAGAGUAGACUCUGAAAUUUGUAAUCAAGCCAUCGACAAAUUUUAUUUUAAAAUUAAAGAGGAACUCGUCAGAAUGCUUAAAGAAGGCCAGGCGCUGAUGGCUCUGAAAAGGAAGAACACCAAGAUAAUUGCCGACAUGGACAAGAAAAGGCAGCGUUUGGUUGAAGUCCAGGAUGAACUGCUUCGAUUAGAACCACAAAUGAAACAGCUGCAAAAAAAAUAUGAUGACCUUAAGGAGAGAAAAGCAUCACUUAAGAAUUCCGCGCAUUUCUUAUCUAAUUUAAAACAGCUAUACCAGGAUUAUUCAGAUGUUCAGGAGAGUGAACCAAAGGAAAAGGAAGAGUAUGAUUCAUCUAGCCUCCCAGCUCUUUUAUUUAAAGCAAGAAGCAUUCUGGGAGCCGAAAAACACCUGAAAACCAUCAACUAUCAGCUGGAGAAGCUCCUUAAACAGGAAUGAGAAGCCAUCUCUCCUCCUGAAACUGUGCUCUGCACAACCAAGCUUCUGGUCUGAAAAUAAGUGUGGCCUAGUCAUCAGAAUCUAUUAUUAUUUUGUCAUUCAAACUAUACCAGUUUGAUUGUCUAAUAGUUUCAGAAGCCAUAGUAGUCAUAUUCCUGAUUAUUGCAUUAAUAAACUUCACUCUUGUGACAUAAGAGUUUUAACUUAAAAUAAACGUUAAUGAUGUCAGUGCAA